GCUCCCAUAAAGUGCGCCACCCAGCGCUCUCGCAGCCACUGCUGCUGCGCCCGCCACCUUCCCGCCGCGCUCCGCCAGCCCGCGCCGCCGCCUGCCCCGAGCCAUCAUGGGUCGACAGAAGGAACUGGUGUCCCGCUGCGGGGAGAUGCUCCACAUCCGCUACCGGCUGCUCCGCCAGGCGCUGGCUGAGUGCCUGGGGACCCUGAUCCUCGUGAUGUUUGGCUGUGGCUCCGUGGCUCAGGUGGUGCUCAGCCGGGGCACCCAUGGUGGUUUCCUCACCAUCAACCUGGCCUUUGGCUUCGCUGUCACUCUGGGCAUCCUGGUCGCUGGUCAGGUCUCCGGAGCCCACCUGAACCCUGCUGUGACUUUUGCCAUGUGCUUUCUGGCACGUGAGCCAUGGAUCAAGUUGCCCAUCUACGCCUUGGCUCAGACAUUGGGAGCAUUCCUGGGUGCCGGCAUCGUUUUUGGGCUGUACUAUGAUGCAAUCUGGGACUUCGCAAACAACGAGCUUGUAGUGUCAGGCCCCAACGGCACAGCUGGCAUCUUUGCCACCUAUCCCUCUGGACAUUUGGACAUGGUCAACGGCUUCUUCGACCAGUUCAUUGGUACAGCUUCCCUCAUUGUGUGUGUGCUGGCCAUCGUGGACCCCUACAACAACCCUGUCCCCCGCGGCCUGGAGGCCUUCACGGUGGGCCUCGUGGUCUUGGUCAUUGGCACCUCCAUGGGCUUCAACUCUGGCUAUGCCGUCAACCCCGCCCGGGACUUCGGCCCCCGCCUUUUCACUGCCAUCGCUGGCUGGGGCACAGAAGUCUUCACGACCGGCCGCCACUGGUGGUGGGUGCCCAUUGUCUCUCCGCUGCUGGGCUCCAUUGCAGGCGUCUUCGUGUACCAGCUCAUGAUCGGAUGCCACCUGGAGCCACCCCCUCCCUCCACCGAGGAGGAGAAUGUGAAGCUGGCCCAUGUGAAGCACAAGGAGUAGAUCUGAGUGGGCAGGGGCCACCCCCUGCCUGGCAACCUCCCUGGGACAUUCA